CAAGAACGCAAACCAACAAUGAUAGUUGUGGAUACAAAGGCCGUUGAAUUUUAAUCUGACGGUAGCAAUACGUUUUCUUAAAGCCUUACUGGUGCCGGGAAGUAUUAAAAAUUGUGUUGAACUGGUAGAUCUAUAGGCUAUCAAAAGAACGAUGCUGAAACACGCAUUGCUGAUUCUUCUUUUCCAACUAUCUCGUUGUCAAUUGAACACCAAUCCUCAGGCUUUUGAAGACUUGGAUCCAGUGGAGCCUUUAGAAGAUACGAUGUUUCCUCCAAACACUUAUUAUUACAUCAACAAAUUAGCGGAGAUCUUAAAUUUUUUGAUGCUUGUCUGUGGUCUAUGGAGGAUGUGGAAAGGCAAAGGACCAAGUGCUGAAGAUUUGGUAACUGAAAAUGAGGAACUUCGGCAGAAAUAUGAGGAACUUGUAAAGGAAGAGGAAAAUCUUCAAAAACAAAUCAAAGAACAAGAGAAAACGAUCUCUCUGUUGAUUGCAAUGUUACGUGAAAAAAACAAAAAAGCCGCAGAUUCUAACACCACAGAAGUAGGUAGAAAAUAUGCAGACAUGACCUCACUCUGGGAUACUGGCAUCAAGAAUCCAGGAGACCAGAUGAAAGGCAACGACUUAAACCACCAACCCACUGGCAUCAGUACUGAGGGAAGUGGUAAAGAUGCUCUGGAAUUUGAUUGAAAAUAUUGGACACUUCUGUGGCUGCUGGUCUGGCGAUGGUUGUAGUUUUUUUUUCAGGUUUAAAUGAAUUAACAUUUCAAAUAUUUAUCAUAGGCGUUUUGUUUGUUCAUUUUUAGAGGUAUUUUAAUUUAAGUGAUAUUUUAUUUACUCUAGUUCUACUGAUAUAAGAGUUCAAAAUAUAAUUAUGAGAGAAAUAAUAAAAUAGAUUUUCAGCAUGACAUAUUUUAGUGUAGAGUUGUUUUUUUCUAAAGUGCAUAUUUAUGAUGAGUCUUAAUGAUAUUAAUUACAUAACGUGUAUUGUAUUAUGCCUACAUUAAAAAAGCAAUAACGAUUUUGUAAAUGUAGUGUACUGGUUGUGUUUGUUUUGUUUAAAUUUUCAAGUGGGCUUGGUUUGUAUUUAUCUAAGAUAAUUCUUAAUGCUAGUAUCUACAUCAUAUGUAUAUUAAUAGAAGUAUGUAAGUAUUUUAAAUGUUGUGUACAGUUUUAAUUUUGAUUUAAGUUUUAAAAAGUGGCAGGUUUAUACUUAUUUUAUAAUUUGUGUCUCAAUGAUGUGGUUAAGUUUAGAAAAAGAAAUAUGUGUGUGUCUGUGUGUGAAAAAUAAUAAUCUCACAACUCAAUUUAAUUUAUUUGAAAAAAUAUAUAAUUUUAUUCUAGAAUCAGCAAUAAUUUAUAAUUUGUUUCAACUGUAUUUUAUAAUUGGUAUUGUAUCCACAGUAUAGGCUAAUGUGACUUAAUUAAAUGUUCAAAAAUAGACAUUGCAACUAGUUAUUAAAUUUAAAAUCUAUUUCUGAAUGUUUUCACAUGUUUUGUUUUUGACAUUGUUUUUAAUUCAAAAUAAAUUCAUACAAACCUACACCAAAUUCCUCAAAGUACUGAAACCCAAAAGUCACACAAAUGUAUGCAUCUGAGUGUGUCUGUGUUUGAAAUAUUCGUUUCAAUUAGCUCAUGGUUUUAAACCACCAGCAUGGCUGUUUAAAAUAUUUUGUCUUCCUAAGCUCUACUGAGCUACUGGCUAUUUGAUUGAGAUGUCCUGAUUCGUGAUUGUAAAUUCCAAAAAAAAAAGAAAAAUGUGUCCUAAAGAUUUAAUUAAAUUCAUUAUAGCAACAAACCUACAGCUAAAGAAAUGUUGCGUUUACUUUUUUAAAGUGUGUUAUGAAAACACUGUAUUCAUUUUUUUUUAAAGCUAAGGUGGAAAAACAUUCUAAAGUGAUAUUUUGUAAAAAUUUAUAAGAUACAUUUUCAUUUGUUAUUUGAAUUAAAUGAUAAUCAAUGCCUAGUGUAUGUAUUAUAUUUUUUUGCAUAAUUGUAUUCAACAAACUAUGUACAGUCAUUUUUCCUCCAUCCGUAGCAUUGAUUGUUUUCUGUUUAUUUUGAAUUCUAAAAUACUUAUUGCCAUUACAAUUUGCAGACUUUGUAGUUGAAAAUAAAGA